UGAGCAUGCCCGAGCUGUCGUUUGUUGUCAGGGAGAAAGCAGACAGAAGAAAAAGCAACCCAUCAGAGCCACACUUGAAACCAGCCGUGCAACACUGCCGGCUAGACAAUAGACAUACACGUUUCUAAUUAAAAACCUUUGUAUUCAUUGACUUGCUUGAUGUGUAGGUUUCCUAGUGUGGGUAUUUUGUGAUGCUUUGUUGAGGCGUUGACACGUAGACCUGGUUUAUAGCCUCUCCCUCAUCUUCAGCAGGUUGCCAUGGAGAUGACUUUGCUAAUGGACCCCUGAAGAUGAACACUGCCUUCCUAUUGGUUUUCUUCAACCGAUUUUGACCUCCUCAAACCAAGCCUCCUAUUUUCUCGGACCACACCUGGCUGGAAUGGACGGAUGUGGAAGGGGGAACUCACUAAAGCAGUAUCUAUGAACAGUAUGAGCAUCUUUGAGCAAUUCUGGAGCGACGAGGACUCGGAUGGGAACAGCGAUGGUGAGGAAUUCUUCUACGGAGCGCAGGGGCAUUAUGCAACUGACCUGAGUCGGCACCCUCAACUGGAUAAAGAUGUUGGUGCAGUGAAAGACAUCUAUUCUGAAAGUGCCAUUUCUGUAAGGGAGUAUGAAACCAUUGACGAUGUUGACAUCGACCUACACAUUAAUGUCAGCUUCCUGGAUGAGGAGGUGGCAUCAGCAUGGAAGGUCAACAGAACAGAGCCGAUCAUUUUACGCCUUCGUUUCUCACUUUCACAGUAUUUGGAUGGAUCAGAACCUACAGUGGAGGUUUUCCAACCAACUUGUAAAGAUGGCUUUAGUCUUGGAGUCCAGCUUAAAAGAAUUCUCAGCAUGUUUAUAUCCAAUCAAUGGAAGAAUCUCAGUAAUGAGUUCCUGAAUGCACAACAGAGGAAGAGACACAGCUGGUUCAAGGCUGGAGGAACCAUUAAAAAGUUCAGAGCUGGACUCAGUAUCUUCUCACCGAUAACUAAGUGUUCCAGUGUUCCUCUGAUCCAGGGCCCUGAGGUGAAAGUAAGAUCCGCAAGCCAGGAUUUGAGAGUUACCCGUCUGAUGAGCCGCUCCAUGUCCUGCUCCAAAGGAGAUCUGCACACUUCCAGCCCAGUCGGGCAGAGUGUGGCUGACCCUGGCUCACGAUCCACAGUGCAAAUCACCACCAGGCAGCUCAUCCAACUUUUCUUUUCCUCCCAAGCUCUAAUCCACUGCAAGAGCAUUCCAACCCUAGAAUAUGGUUUCCUCGUACAGGUAAUGAAAUAUUCAGAACAAAGAAUCCCCACCCUGAAUGAUUAUUGUGUGGUCUGCGAUGAGCAGCACGUCUUUCAAAAUGGGUCUAUGCUAAAGCCUGCUGUUUGUACAAGAGAGCUGUGUGUGUUCUCCUUCAACACUCUUGGUGUGAUGUCAGAUGCUGCAGAAGAUGUAGCAACAGGAGCUGAGGUAGUGGACCUGCUGGUGGCGAUGUGUCGUUCUGCCCUGGAAUCUGUCCGUAAAAGUAUCAUCUUUGACCCUUAUCCUUCUGUCGUUGAUCCUCAUGAUCCCAAAGCUCUGGCUUUUAACCCAAAGAAAAGAAGUUACGAGCGUCUACAGAAAGCACUGGACAGCAUCACGUCGAUCCGAGAAAUAACACAAGGACCUUAUGUCGAGAUAAAGAAGCAGAUGGAUAAAAUGGACCCCCUCGCUCAUCCUUUGCUGCAGUGGAUUAUAUCCAGCAAUCGGUCUCACAUUGUCAAGCUGCCCUCUAGCAGGCAACUCAAGUUUAUGCACACCUCCCAUCAGUUCCUGCUCCUCAGCAGUCCUCCUGCAAAAGAAGCUCGAUUCCGCACUGCUAGAAAACUCCACGGCAGCACGUUCGCUUUUCAUGGUUCUCAUAUUGAAAACUGGCACUCCAUUCUACGAAAUGGACUUGUAAAUGCAUCCUACACAAAACUGCAGCUGCACGGUGCGGCCUAUGGGAAGGGCAUCUACCUCAGCCCCAUCUCCAGCAUCUCAUUUGGAUACUCAGGAAUGGGAAAGGGACAGCACCACAUGCCUACUAAAGAGGAAUUAGUACAGCACUACAACCGGGUCAAUACUGUCUUACCGCAGUGCCGACCCGUACAAUCGAGAUUUCUUCAGAGUCGCAAUCUAAACUGUGUCGCUUUGUGUGAAGUGAUAACGUCCAAAGAUCUCCAGAAACAUGGAAAUAUUUGGGUUUGCCCGAUUUCUGAUCACGUCUGCACACGGUUCUUUUUUGUGUAUGAGGACGGACAGGUAGGAGAUGCUAAUAUCAACACACAGGACGUUCGGAUACAGAAAGAGAUAUUGCGUGUGAUUGGAGGACAGUCAAGCUGACUUGAUUUGCUUCAUCACUGUGACGUUUUGAAAAACUUUUGAACUGAUCAGAAGAAGGAAUUACCUCAAACUAGAUGCUGAACUUCUGUUAGGUUUGUCUUACAAGAAAAGAAGGAAGAACCAUUUUGUAACUUUUUGAUAAGCAUUUUAUUAAGUUAUUUCUAAUUUAGUCUCUAUUUAUCUCCUGUUUGCUGCUUUUUGUUUAUUGUAUGUUAUGAAAAGUGAUAUGUUAGCCUUAAUUUAUGGAAGUUUAAAAGGAUCGUUCUCGUUACAGCCACAUGGGGGCUCUAUUUCCCAAGCAAAACAUCAAAAUGACAAGGAAAUAUAUCAGAAAAAAUGCAUUAAUGUCUUACCUAAUGUUUACAUCUACAGUUAUGGAUAAUUUCCAGCUAUUGUGUGUAUACUAAAAUAAUACAAAAUAGAACACAUGCAAAAAUAUAAAUCUGAUUUAUUAAUGAGAAUGUUGUGACGUAACGGCAAGUCGGUUAUCAUUUUAACUAGUGAAAAUUGAAUUGUUGAUUCAUAUUCUGAGAAUGAUUUAAAAAUUAAAUCGGCUUGCAAUACAUGCCAUCUGUUAUGGAUUUAACCCUUGUCACGUGAAAUGUUAUAGACUGGUAAAAGAUGGCAUAGUGUUUUGUGCGCUCUAUAAGCCAACAGGGAGAUUGACAAUAAAUGACAAAAAUUAUGUUACAGGCCAGGCCUAGAAAGGUGUAGACUUUUGAUUUUGUCUGCAAAUCAAAUCCAAUAUAUGUGAUGUAAAUCUGAAGAAGAUUUAAAACUAAGAUUUGUUGUCUGUUGAAAGGGGGCUUGCGGGUUUUAUAACGCUCACAUUUGUAUGUUGGCACUUUUUUCAAUAAAUGUACAGCAUGUGACUGAUGUGAUUCUAUGAAGAUAA